GCUGCUCGAGCUUCAGAGUUCAGGUCAAGUGGACUGCCUGAGGAAGCCGCAAACUUCGUUAAAGUGGCACAUUUAGUGUCAUAUAAGCAAUUUCACACGGUUAUUUGGACGACAACUAUUUUGUGUCCAUGACGGAGUGUUGCCAACCUGUGCCAAUGGAAUUCACUGCAGAAGAGGAGCUGGAGAUCGAGCACCUGAAGAUGCACAAGCAGGACCUUUUGGAUGACAUCCAGAAGUUGAAGAUGGCCAUUGAGAAUGUGAUGGCAGACAUUCAGGACUUUGAGUCCACCGAGGAGAGCAAACUUAUUGAGAGGGGAAAGCAGCUGUCCAGAGGGAAGAAGAAAUUCAACAUGGAUCCCAAGAAGGGUGUGAACUACCUUGUGGAGAACAAACUGCUGGAUUGGACCCCUCAAGUUGUGGCAGAGUUCCUAUACAAGCAAGACGGGCUCAAUAAAACAGCCAUAGGAGACUUCCUGGGAGAAAGGGAGGAGAUACACCUGCAGAUUCUGAAGGCUUUUGUGGAACUCCAUGAAUUUUCAGACCUGAACCUUGUGCAGGCUCUAAGGCAGUUCCUGUGGAGUUUCCGUCUCCCAGGCGAAGCGCAGAAGAUCGACCGCAUGAUGGAGGCCUUCGCCACACGCUACUGCGACUGCAACGCAAAUGUUUUCCAGUCCACAGAUACGUGCUACAUCCUGUCGUUCGCCAUCAUCAUGCUCAACACCAGCCUGCACAACCCCAACGUGAAAGACAAGACCACGCUGGAGCGCUUCAUCUCCAUGAACCGGGGCAUCAACAACGGAGAGGACCUGCCCAAUGACCUGCUGACGAAACUGUACGACAGCAUACGGAGCGAGCCUUUCAAAAUCCCCGAGGACGAUGGGAAUGACCUCACGCACACUUUCUUCAACCCUGACCGAGAGGGAUGGCUUCUGAAACUAGGGGGACGAGUGAAGACCUGGAAGAGGAGAUGGUUCAUUCUGACCGAUAACUGCCUGUACUACUUUGAGUACACCACUGACAAAGAACCCAGGGGCAUCAUUCCGCUGGAGAACCUGUGCGUCCGAGAAGUGGCGUGUCCACGCAAACCGUACUGCCUGGAACUGUACAACCCCAACAGCAAAGGGCAGAAGAUCAAAGCGUGCAAGACAGAGACGGACGGGCGUGUGGUGGUGGGGAAACACCAGUCCUACAUGAUCUCUGCAGCCACGGCCGAGGAGAGAGAUGACUGGAUAGAGUCUGUCAGGGCUAGCAUAACCAAGGACCCAUUCUAUGAUCUGGUCUCAGUGCGCAAGAGGAAAGUCAUCAACAAGGCCACCCAAGAUUGACAGCUCCACAGUGGCAGUGCAACAUGGGAAAUGUAGUCAGUCACUUUAGUGGCUGUCAGCUUGUCAAACAUGAAGCAGUUGGCAGAACUUGGGUAGGACAGGGAAAUGGGGAAAAAACCAAAACAAAUGAAGCUUCUCAUGACGCCUUGUGGUCACUACCCUUUUUUGUGACCUGACAUGAAAUGAAGAACAGUUUUACUGGCUGUAAGUCAGCAACGAAACGCAAAACUUUUACAGCACGUUGGUCAGCAGCGCUACAGGAAGGGCUUUGUUUGCCGGACUGACCAGUGAGGAAGUUGCGCGGGGGUUGAAGAGGGAGAGGGGGGAGGCCUGUAUUUCCAUAGACACGAUCGUCAGCGUUGUUGCCUGUUGCGAUGACUAAGUCAGCGCUCCUAUUGGACUGGCCUGGCCGGUACAGAGUCUGAGCCGAUGGUCAAAUGGACAAGCUGAACUGGAAGCACACAACUGGAAAUCUAACCAUUAUAUCACCAAAAAAUAUGUACUUUAACAGUUGAUAUAAUAACUAGACACUAUUCUUCCAAGAGAUCGAAAUCUUUUUUGUUUCUCUCAGCAGAGUUGAACUCUCAAUGUGUUAGCAUUGUUAUGCGAGCACACAGUUUAUCAGACAAUGCUAAUUAAUAACAAACGUUAUAAACGUUCUAGCACAAUGGUACAAGCCAUGAAUGACAGAACAUAGCCCAUAUGGCCUAGUUAGCAUUCUGUGUGGUGUGCUAGUUGUUGGAUGAGCAGUAUUGUGUAUAUAUUGAUUAUUUUUAUAUAUAUAUAUAUAUAAAUAUAUAUGUAUAUAUAUACACACACA